AAAGGCAAGGCAGAGAAGGCGAAGGUGGGUGGGGAAAGCGAAGCCUCUGUCCUCCUCCUCCUCCUCCUUCCUGUCUCUCUCUCCCUCUCUCUCUGUGUCGAAAGCGAGGCGAAGCAGGGCGCCCCGAUCCCCGUGGGACCAGGCGGGCAGCGGCUGCUGGCUGGGCGCUCUCUCUCUCUUUCUCUGCCCCAGGAAGCGAUGCGGAGGGGUGGAAAAUGGCAGAGCUGCAGAUGUUACUAGAAGAGGAAAUCCCUUCUGGCAAGCGGGCUUUGCUCGAGAGCUACCAGAACCUCACCAGGGUCGCCGACUACUGCGAGAACAACUACAUCCAGGCUCCAGACAAGAGGAAAGCAUUAGAAGAGACCAAAGCUUAUACUACCCAAUCUUUAGCCAGUGUUGCUUAUCAGAUCAAUGCACUGGCCAACAAUGUGCUCCAACUACUGGAUAUCCAAGCAUCCCAGCUCCGGCGAAUGGAGUCAUCAAUCAAUCAUAUUUCCCAGACAGUGGACAUACAUAAAGAGAAGGUGGCCCGAAGAGAAAUUGGCAUUUUGACAACCAAUAAAAAUACAUCCAGAACACACAAAAUCAUUGCUCCAGCCAAUAUGGAGCGUCCUGUAAGGUAUAUUCGAAAACCUAUAGACUACACAGUGUUGGAUGAUGUUGGCCAUGGUGUAAAGUGGCUAAAAGCCAAGCACGGAAACAAUCAGCCUGCGAGAACUGGCACUUUGUCAAGAACAAAUCCGCCUACACAAAAACCACCAAGUCCUCCCAUGUCAGGCCGGGGAACUCUGGGACGGAAUACUCCAUAUAAGACUUUGGAGCCUGUUAAGCCACCAACAGUCCCUAAUGAUUACAUGACCAGUCCGGCAAGACUUGGAAGCCAGCACAGUCCUGGAAGGACGGCAUCCUUGAACCAGAGACCCAGAACACACAGUGGUAGUAGCGGAGGAAGUGGCAGUCGAGAAAACAGUGGAAGCAGCAGUAUUGGCAUUCCCAUUGCCGUGCCUACACCCUCGCCACCAACUAUUGGCCAAGCUCCACCAGCACCACCAGUUCCCCCACCACUCAUGAUGAACAGUAUGAUAGCUGUUCCUGGGUCAGCUCCUGGUUCCCAGUACGGCACAAUGACCAGGCAGAUUUCCCGACACAACUCUACUACUUCUUCAGCCUCUUCUGGUGGAUUUAGGCGGAAUCCUUCUGUGACCGCUCCAUUUUCUGCUCAACCUCAUGUUAAUGGCGGGCCUCUCUAUUCUCAAAAUUCAAUUUCUAUUGCUCCACCCCCUCCCCCUAUGCCUCAGUUGACUCCACAGAUACCUCUCACAGGCUUCGUGGCCAGGGUACAGGAAAACAUUGCCGAUAGUCCAACUCCGCCUCCACCACCUCCACCUGAUGAGAUGCCAAUGUUUGAUGACUCUCCACCACCUCCACCACCGCCGCCAGUGGACUAUGAAGAUGAAGAGGCAGCAGUAGUGCAGUAUAAUGAUCCGUAUGCAGAUGGAGAUCCUGCCUGGGCACCUAAAAACUAUAUUGAGAAAGUUGUUGCCAUAUAUGACUACACAAAGGACAAGGAUGAUGAGCUGUCAUUCAUGGAGGGUGCAAUCAUUUAUGUUAUCAAGAAGAAUGAUGAUGGCUGGUAUGAAGGCGUUUGCAACAGAGUGACUGGCCUGUUUCCUGGAAACUAUGUUGAAUCAAUCAUGCACUAUGCGGAUUAAGUUCCCUCUUCAGGUCAGGUCUUGUAUUCAAUCAUGCCAUAAUAAUUUACAAAGGGUAACUUAAAAGUUAACACUUGUCUUAAUACUCUUUUAAAAUGUGCCCAUCUUUUUAGGCCAUACUGUUGAAAUGGUAUGAUUGAAUGUUCAUCCGUAAGCAUUUGUCUCUACAGAGUUUGUAAAACAAGCAACUGUUUAUUACUGAUUAUGCUUAUUUAGUUAAUGCAUUGUUGAUUUUUAUGGCCAGCCUAAAUAUUCUGGGGAAGUAGGGUAUAUAAUAUUUAAUGACUCAUGAUUCAAAUUGUGCCAUUUUUUCAGUGCAGCAUGGUAAACUAACAACUAUGUUAGACUAACAUGAAAUCUGGUUGAAAAUUUUGAUAGUGCUGGUCAUUUACCUUUGUUUAGACUCCUGCUCAUCCUCAAAAUAUAGUAUUUGUUUAAAAGCAUGCAUACAAACUUAUGUAUUGAAUUAUACUAUUUUUUCCAGAAAAAUCCAAGAUGCUUCCAAUUUGUUGUAAUCUUUUACCUGGAGUACUUUCACUAAAGGUUUAUUCCAAUGAGUCAUUUGAGUCUGAGGUGUUCAUGUGAAUCAAAGAUGGGUGGUCUUAUGAUGUGUAUGUAAUUUGUACCUGAGUUUUUAAUGAGUAAAUUUGCAUUGACUUUUCCAUUCAUAAAUACAUAAGUGAA